AGUAUUCACAGCCAUGAUGAAGCUAGCCUUUCUGCUGUUCGCCCUGGUGGCCCUCUCCGAGUGCCUGCACAAGAUUCCCCUGAUAAAGGGGAAGACCGUGAGGCAAAAAAUGAAGGAGAAUGGUCUAUGGGAACUCUUCAGGCAAUUGUAUCCCUACAACCCCAUGGCCAAGUUUGACAGCAGCUUUGCAGUUGGCACUGAAUCUAUGACUAAUGAUGCUGAUCUGUCAUAUUAUGGUGAGAUCUCCAUUGGAACUCCAGCCCAGUCCUUCAAAGUCAUUUUUGAUACUGGCUCUGCUAACCUGUGGGUUCCCUCCACCUACUGUUCCAGCCAAGCCUGCACCACCCACACAAAAUUUGAUCCUGAGCAGUCUUCUACCUAUGAGUCCACCAACCAGACGCUGUCAAUUGAAUACGGCACUGGAAGCAUGACAGGGGUCCUGGGAUACGAUACAGUUCAGGUUGGCGGGAUCUCCAUUAGCCAGCAGAUCUUUGGUCUGAGUGAGACGGAGGCCGACUUUAUGAACUACAUGACAGCUGAUGGGAUCCUGGGUCUCGCAUACCCCGAAUGUGCUGCCUCAGACGCCACCCCGGUCUUUGACAACAUGAUGACCCAGGAGCUGGUUUCUCAGGACCUGUUCUCCAUCUACCUGAGCAGUAAUUCCGAAGAAGGCAGCGUGGUGAUUUUUGGAGGCAUUGACUCGUCAUAUUACACGGGUUCCAUCUCAUGGAUUCCAGUGUCCUCUGAGUACUACUGGCAAGUCAACAUGACCAGUGUGACUAGCAAUGGAGAGACUGUCGCUUGCGCUGGUGGUUGCCAGACUAUUGUGGAUACAGGCACCUCCAGCAUCGUUGGACCAAGCAGUGACAUUCAAAACCUCCUGUCCUAUUUGGGAGCUUCUGAGGAUCAAAACGGAGAUGCAUUUGUGAACUGCAGCAGUGUUGAAUCUAUGCCUGACCUGACCUUUGUCCUCAAUGGACAAUCCUUCACCAUCCCCCCAUCUGCUUAUGUUUCUGAGUCUGAUGGUUGCACCCUUGGCCUUGAGGAUGGUGGCAGCAGCCAGCUCUGGAUCCUGGGUGACGUCUUCAUCAGAGAGUUCUACACCAUCUUUGACAGGGGCAACAAUCAAGUGGGUCUUGCUACAGUUGUGUGAUGCACAUGAAGAGGUGUGGA